AUACAUAUGUAUAUACAUAUAUACGUUUCACCUGAGUAAACGUACUUUUUUUUUUCCCCACUUGUGGAUACUCAACUACUGUAGCCAGCCUCCGUGUAGUUUUUGUGAUCCGUCAAAGUGCUCACCAGGAUACUGUUACUUGUCAUUACUUAUCGGUUAUCUUCCUUUCUGGAUUCCAAAGUGAACGACGUUCCGCAAUACGUUCAAAGAAAAGUAAGGAAGAAGCAGCAGAAGUGGGGUGAGCGUUCACGUAGAAUGAACUGCGCGAAUAUUGGAAGCAUCGCAAACGAACAACCACGAUCUUGUGUUAUCUACUGAUUCUCUUUCAUUUUCUCCACGUCGAGUAGAUAUUCGGCUCAACAAUGGUUCACAUACGACGCAAGAUUUUGUCCUUUGGAAAUCUGAUUAAUCAGUUGCAACAGAGUGUAAGAUGGAAUUCUUCUUUGAGAAUUAAGGACAAGAACUCGACGCAACCACAACGUUAUUUUAAGUAUGCUGACUUAUCCGUUCGCCUGGCUGGUCCAGAUCAAUUAAAUCCUAAACCUGAUGUUGAUAAGCUUUCGUUUGGGAAAUAUUUCACUGAUCAUAUGCUCAAAAUACAUUAUUACGAAGGCAUGAAUGGUUGGCAGGCACCUGAAAUUAUGCCUUUCGAAAACAUAGUUCUUCAUCCAGCUGCAAAAGUCUUUCAUUAUGCUGUAGAGUUGUUUGAAGGUAUGAAAGCUUAUAGAGGUGUUGAUGGGAAAAUAAGGUUGUUUAGGCCAGAGCUAAAUAUGGAGAGAAUGAAUAAUUCUGCACUAAGAUCUGGCCUACCUCUUUUCAGAGGGGAAGAAUUAAUUAAGUGCAUUUGCAGAUUGAUUAGUAUAGAUCAAGAAUGGGUUCCACAUUCUACCGCCUCUAGUCUUUACAUUCGUCCUACGCUCAUAGGAAUCGACCCUACGCUUGGAGUCGCAACCUCGGAUUCAGCUUUAUUAUAUGUAAUUUUAUCUCCUGUCGGAUCUUAUUUUAAACCUGCCGAUCAGCAAGUUGGAGUUUCCUUGCUUGCAGAUCCUAGAUUUACGAGAGCAUGGCCUGGCGGUUGCGGUGAUGCUAAAUUAGGCAGUAAUUACGGACCUACGAUUCAAGUUCAACAGGAAGCUGUUGAGAAAGGAUUACAGCAAGUAUUGUGGCUGUAUGGAGAGGAUAACGAACUCACAGAAAUUGGCACUAUGAACGUCUUCAUGGUUUAUAUAAAUGAUAACGGAGAAAGAGAAUUACUCACACCACCCUUGAAUGGCUUGAUCUUACCCGGAGUUGUAAGAAACUCGCUUCUAACUAUAGCAAGAGAAUGGAAUCAAUUUAAAGUUACGGAGAGAUCCAUUACGAUGAAAGAGCUCAUACAAUUAAAUUCCGAAAACAGGUUAUUGGAAAUGUUCGGGGCAGGAACAGCAUGUGUAAUUAGUCCUGUAUCCUAUAUUGACUAUAUCGGUCAAGGAUUGCAUAUACCGACGACGAAACAGCCCGAACCAAUUUAUCAAAUGCUCAGGAAACACUUAUUAAAUAUACAAUAUGGAGUUAUACCUGAUCACCCAUGGAGUUUAGUCAUCGAAUAAAACGAUAGAAGAUUGUACUUAGGAUUCUAUGACUAGUUGUAUUGAACGUUAUAUAUAUAAAACUUUUUUAAUGACUUA